GGCGUCACCCGAGAACACAGUCAGCAGAGCCGCCACACGUACACGUUCACGCUCCCGCCCUCGGCGUCAGGCCCGAGUGUUUUGUGGCCUCAAGAAGAGCGCGUGCUGUUUGUACAAGUGUCCCGGAUGUUAGUGCAGCAGGUGGUUAUCCUGCCGCAUGACGCUCAGGAACGUGUUUUUGAUGAGGUUCAGUGUUUAAUGCGCAUCACAGUCCGGUAAAGGGAGAGAAAGAGUGUGGAAACAAGACAGUGAGAGAGGCUAUAAAACACGUCUCUUGUGGAAUAAAGCUGCCUGAAGCACUUCUUCUGAUCUCCAUUUUCACUGCACUCUCACAGCAGGUCUUCAGGAUGCUGUACUGCAGCACCCGCGGAGGGGUCGGUGGCUGGAGCUUCAGGGACGUCCUGUUUUCCGGCUACGCCCCGGACGGCGGGAUGUUCAUGCCGGAGACGCUGCCCCCGCUGAGCCCGGACACCCUGAGGGGCUGGAAGGGGCUGAGCUUCGCCCGGCUGGUGGUGGAGGUGGCCUCGCUCUUCAUCCCAGCUCAGCUCAUCCCCAGACAGGACUUGGAAGCCCUCGUGAGUGAAGCCCUGCGUGGGUUCUCGGUCCCGGAGGUGGUGCGGGUCGCCCGGCUGAAGGACGGCCUGUCGGUGCUGGAGCUCUUCCACGGAGAGACUCUGGCGUUCAAAGACCUGGCCAUGACCUGCACCGUGCGCUUCCUCAACUACUUCCUGCAGAAGGAGCAGCGCCGCGCCACCGUCAUCGUUGGGACGUCAGGGGACACCGGCGGUUCGGCCAUACAGAGCGCUAAAGGGCUGCCCGGGCUGGACGUGCUGGUGGUCUACCCUCGGGGACGGAUCACUCCGGUGCAGGAGAAACACAUGAUCUCCUGCCUGGAGGACAACGUCCACGUCUUCGCAGCGGACGGCAGCUCCGACGACAUCGACCAGCCCCUGCGUCGUCUGUUUGCCGACCAGGACCUGGUCAAGUCUCACGGUCUCAUGAGCCUCAACUCGGUCAACUGGUCCCGGGUCAUGGUCCAGCUGGCCCACUUCAUCUACGCCUACCUGGAGCUCAGCGGCAUCGGGGACCGGGCCGCCGGGGAGCUGCCGGAGCUGGAGGUGGUGGUUCCCACCGGAGGGGCAGGCAACAUCGCCGCCGGUACCGUCGUCAAGCUGAUGGGAGUCCCCCUCAAACUGGUCGCCAUGGUGAAUUCUAAUGACAUCGUCCACCGGACGGUGAGCGCCGGGGACUUUUCCAUGGCGGCGAGCGUCACACAAACUCUGGCUCCUGCCAUCGACAUCCAGGACCCCUACAACAUGGAGCGGGUGUUCUGGCUGCUCCUGGGCCGAGACGGAGCUUCGGUGAAAGCAAUGAUGGAGGAGUUCCAGCGUUCCCAGAGACACGCCCUCUCCCCAGAACACCGUGAACUGCUCUCACAGGUCAUGACGAGCGGCUCGGUGGCGGACGGCGGGAUCCUGGAGACGAUGAGGAGGUGCUGGGAGGACAACCAGUACGUGCUGUGUCCCCACUCGGCCGUGGCCGUGUGGCACCACUACCACUGCCCCCACCCGGCCAGCGUCCACAGGUGUUACAUCGCCACGGCGUCUCCUGCCAAGUUUGAGGCGGCCGUGCAGAAGGCGGGCCUGACCUUUGACCCCCCGGAGGCGGUGAAGGCCUUGGACAGCCUGCCGACCCGCUUCCAGACGCUGGAGCGGCGCGACAGCUGGUGCAGAGACUGGGAGCAGAGCCUGAGGGAGUGGAUCGGCUCCGUGGGCCGAGCCCGGAGCAGCGGAGCGCCGUUCUACCGCCAGUGACCCGCCAGCGAGCCGUUCACCUCCUGAUCUGGACCCAGAGAUGAGCUGCUCGCCGUGGACCCCGUGGACUUUGCUCUGUGGCCUCAGGCGACACGUCUUUGUGUUUGCGCAGCCUCAAAUCCGCCCACACUCGUCAGAGUUGUCUCUCGCAGCUUCAGAAGGCGUAAAGCUGCUGCUGAACACUUCGUCCACUUCUGAGUGAAUGUUUGAGUUUCAUCUUGUUCACACAGGAGUUGACUGAUGAUCUGUGAGACACAAC